AUGGCGACCAAUCCGCCCACGAUCAGAAAGGCUUCGGCGACAGUGCCUUUGAUCUCACGCAUCUUACUUCUGUACUUCGAGCCGAUCUUCGCCCUCGGUGGCGCGAUCAUGGUGCUCACACAACCAGAUAAAUAUCUACAUACAGUCACUCGGGGUCUCGUACCAACUCUAGGAUCCCAGAACGACUUCGUCUGGACAACUAUAGCAGGCGGCUGGCUCUACUUCGCUUUCACAGAAGGCGUAGUGCUACGACUUGUCGACGACGUGCGUGUCUGGCGCUUGUUGUGCAUGGGAAUGCUGCUUUCGGACCUGGCGUACACGCAUUCUGUGGCGCAGGCACUGGGUGGGUGGGAUGUUUGGCUCAAGGUGUGGGACUGGACGAGCGAGGACUGGGUUGUUACGAUUACGACUUGGCCUUUUGUUCUGACUAGGGUUGGUAUUGCGCUUGGGCUUGGGUUCCGGGGAUGA